AUGGUUAGCCUGGAGAGGAAUAGACUCACGGGAGACAUGAGAAUUGUGUUCAGAACACAGAGGAGGAGAGUCUGGAGUAAAGUGUCAGCUAAGCCCGUCAGGCUCAAACAACUGGGACAGUGUGCUUCAGUGGAAAGAGGUGUGGAUUACUUCACUGAGGAGUUUGAGAGGAGGUUCAAGGCAGCCCUGAGCAGUGGAGGGGUGGGACAAGCUAUGGUCAGGGAUCUGGCAGGGAGACGUUGUGCAGUACAAGGUGUGGAAGUAGAAGGCAGGCCAUCGCCCCUCUCCUACAGGCUGCUGGAUGGUCAAGACAACCUCCCACCUGUCGUCUUCCUGCAUGGGAUGCUCAGCAACAAAAACAUCUUCCAGGCUGAGGCCAAGGCCCUGGCACAGCAGACAGGCAGGAAGGUAUUGACAGUGGAUCCUCAGAACCACGGAGAGAGCCCUCAUAGCCCUGACUGCAGCUAUGCAGCCAUGAGUGCUGACCUGCAGGCUCUCCUGUCAAAGCUAGGACUCACCCCCUGUGUCCUCAUCGGGCACAGUAUGGGAAGCAAGACAGCCAUGACAUUUGCACUACAGAAGCCAGAGUUGGUGGAAUGCCUAGUCUCAGUGGAUAUCAGCCCCUUUGUGGCCACAGAGAAUCCAAACAUCUUUAAAAUUGUACCUGCUAUGAAUUCUAUAAACCUCCUUGGAAAUCUUUCCGACUCCCAAGCCUUUGAAGUAGUUGAUGAGUGUCUCAAGCUAUCUGUCAAGGAUCCAAGUAUUCGGCAGUAUCUGUUCAACAGUCUGGUGCAGGUCGAUGGGCAGUAUGUGUGGAAAGCCAUUCUGGCUACACUGAGUCAGCAACAAAACCAGAUUUUGGAUAGUCUUCAGAUCCAGGGAGUCUAUCGUGGCCCCACACUCUUCCUCACAAUUCGACCUUUUCACCACCCCAAGAUCAAGCUUCUAUUCCCUGAAGCCCAGUUUCAGAUCAUCCCUGAUACUAGCCAUAUCCUCCGUAUCAAGAAGCCCCACAAGUUCAUGAACAGCAUCCUCAAUUUCCUGUCCUAG